CAUUCCACAGUAAGAGCAAGGCUGCAAGCAAGAAAGUUCUUUCCUUAACAAUGACUCCUCUCUCCCCAGAACUGAGUUUUGGUUCUUCUUCUUCUUCUUCAUCCAUUUCUCUAACCAUUAUUUUCUCUCUCUUCUCUUCCCUUCUCUUAUCAACCAUUGAUGCCCGUCUCACCUUACCUUACAAUGCAACAGUCCCAGCUUUGAUCGUGUUUGGAGAUUCAAUUGUAGACUCCGGCAACAACAACAAUCUUGCGACCUUGGUUAAGUGCAAUUUCUCUCCGUAUGGAAAGGAUUUCAUGGGAGGAAUACCCACAGGAAGGUUUAGCAAUGGAAAGAUUCCCUCCGACCUUAUAGCUGACAGUCUUGGAAUUAAGCAGCUUUUGCCCGCUUAUCUCGACCCCAAUCUAAGAACAGAGGACCUACUUACUGGAGUAACCUUUGCUUCAGGCGGUACAGGAUUUGAUCCUCUCACCCCAAAAGUCGCCGCGGUUCUAUCACUGUCGAAGCAAUUGGAGUUGUUCAAAGAGUACGUGGGAAGGUUGAACUUAGCGGUGGGAGAGGAAAGAAGCGCAACCAUCAUAUCUGAGAGCAUGUACAUUGUUUGUGCAGGAAGUGACGACCUCGCAAAUACAUAUUUCACUACACCCUUCAGGAAAUUGAGCUACGACGUCCCCUCUUACACCGAUCUCAUGCUCCAGUCGGCUUCUAGUUUCGUACAGGAGCUGUAUGGUUUAGGGGCAAGAAGGAUUGGAUUGAUUAGCAUUCCACCAAUAGGAUGUGUGCCAUCACAAAGAACCUUAGGUGGAGGAAAAGACAGGAGUUGUGCAGAGAACUACAAUGAAGCGGCAAAGUUGUUCAACACCAAACUAUCUUCAGAGCUAAACUCGCUUAAGCAGCAGCUCCCCCAGUCAAGACUUGUCUAUAUUGAUGUCUACUAUCGCAUACUUGAUAUCAUACAAAGGCCUCAAAAUUAUGGAUUUGAAGUGAUAAACAAAGGAUGCUGUGGUACGGGGAAGAUAGAAGUAGCGGUUCUAUGCAAUGACUUAGACCCUCUUACGUGCUUAGACGUUUCUAACUACGUAUUUUGGGACAGUUACCAUCCAACAGAAAAAGCCUACCGGAGCGUUGUGGAACCAGUAUUGAGCAAACACAUUAACGAGUUCUUCUGAGACAUACUCAUCAUAAACCAAGGGAGAUUCUUUUCUUCUUCUGGGUCCAGAUGAUCUCUAUCUACACAAACAUCGUUGCAUUCACAUAGAUACGAGAUAUUUGUCUUUUACACCUCUUCUAUGUUAAAAAUGCUCCUCAAUUAAAUGGAUUUUUCAGUGGAUUUAGCAUCUUGAAUUUGGCUGGGCUUCACCUUGGAGCUCGAGCUAUGGAACAUGUCUAAUAC